AUGGGAGCUCUUUCGCUCGUCGUGUUGGCAUGCGCCUUGAGCCAUGCUUCUGCUGCCGUAAUACCUCGCGGCAGCCCAAAAGGAACCCCCAAGGCCAGCGACUUCGCGGCCGACUCUUCUAUCCCAAUCCCGAAGAUUCAGUCGGCGGCUGCCAACACGAACGUCCAAGCUGCAAUUUAUCCCCUGAGCCAAGAUAAUCAGGGGACCAAAUCGGCCAUCUACAAAGACUGGUCAGGCUUCAAAAAGUUAACCUAUAUGUGGAUCGCAGACAUGGAUGUCGACUGCGAUGGAAUGGACUACCGCUGCAAGGGUAACCCCGACGGCCUAUCGACAACUAACUGGGGCGCCUUAUCGGCCUACAAUGUCCCCUUUAUUGUUAUCCCGGACGAUUUCAUGGUGGCUAACAAGGACCACCUUCCCGGCAACAACGUCGCCGCCGUCAUCUGUAACGGCAAAAUGUACUACGGAAUCCUAGGAGAUUCCAACGGCGACACCCCCCUCGUCACGGGUGAAGCGUCCUGGUUGAUGGCCAGGACCUGUUUCCCAGAUGAUAAUCUGGAUGGUAAUAAGGGUCACUCAGACCCGGAUGUCACAUAUAUCGUCUUUACCGGCAAAGAUGCCGUCCUGUCCAGCAGCGCCAUGAACGAGAACUACAUAACCAACUUUGGUACUCUGAGGUCUAUGGGUAAUAAGCUGGUGUCCGAUCUCGCCUCCAGCCUGGCUCUACAUAAGUCAGGGAACUCUACAACUCCCUCGACCACAUCGGGCCCUACCACCACCUCGACUUCACAUCCUACCUCCACUGAUGGUAGUCAGGAGAACUCCUCUUCGUCUCUCUCUCCGCCUUCCCUGACUAGUCUCUUCCCGUCUGCUCUGUUAGCGACGGUUGCCCUGAUGGGCUUGCUUCUUUGGUAA